GACGGGGGAUAGGGCGGGAGGAGAGUCACUGCCAGAGGCUGGUGGCAGGACCCCAGAGCUCGGGGCCGUGCACGUGUUCACCUUCGUCACUGGGACACGCCCCGGGCUGCGUUAAGCCACAGCCACCCUCCUGGCCUGUCCUGAGAGAGUCCGCCGGCGGGCCCUCCCUCCCUUCUGCUCCCAGAGAUGGGGGCCCUCAGCACCCCAUCUUACAAACGGGAGCCCGAGGCUUGGGAGGCUGGAAACCCAUGCAGCCACACAGUCAGCAUGCUGGAGCCAGGGACACUGCCCCGUGCUGAGCUCCCGGGCAAACCCUGCAGGUGCCCUCCCCUGGCCGCCCCCCUGCGGGUCCCCUCCCCACCUGCCAGGACUGGAGCUCCUUUGGGCACAGCCCUCGUUCCUUUGCCCAACAGACCGGCUAGAAGAAGCAGGGCCAGCCACCUGCCCCUCUUGCUUUGGGUGGGCUGUCGCUGGUCCCCACAGCUGGCUGCACCCCCUGGAGGGUCCCCCCGUGAAGGCUACGGGGCCUCUUGCUGACAAGGUCCUCAAUCUACCACUGGUAUUCCUAGGAGGGGUCACCCUGAACUCCCCCAGACCGGGAAUCAGGUGCAGCCCGGGGACAGGGAAGGGGAAAGAGGACCCUGGGAGUUGAGGGGGGUUGCUUAGACCCCAGCCUUGAAUCCAAGGGGGUAAGCUUCUGGAUCCAGGUCGACAUAUGCCCCUCCCUCAGUCCAAAGCCCUCACACGGCUGGUCCCCCUGUGAGGGGUCUACCUGCUCCGCACCGUGGGGACAGCAGCUCCCCCAGCGUCAGGCAAGUGUGGUGAGCCCUCUGAGUCUGGUUUUUUGGAGCACGCACUGAGGCUACUUCCCUGGGCCUGCCCCACACCUGGCAGCUUAGUCAAGGGCUCACACGGGGAAGGCGGCCACUGCCUUGAAACAGGGGACAGGCACACAACCCGCAGGCCCGGAUCAGGUCACCAGGGGAAAGGCCGGGCCCAGUCGUUGUGAGUGUGGUUUCACGGCCCCUUCCCUCAAGGACGCUGCCGGCAAGGGCUCCCUCAUGCACGCCCGGCACCUGCCCUCGCCCCGGGGCUGCGCUCCCGGCCCAGAGGGGGACGCAUGAGGACCGCCUGUGCGGGCAGCGUUGGGACAGGGCCACUGGCGCUGGCCGCGGACCCUGGGCCGUGAGGGUCUGGUUGGUGAUUUCAGUCCCUGCUCUCCAGGACCUGGAGGACGACUCUGAGGCGACCUGGGCCCUUCCUAGUCCCCCCCGCACAUGGGGCUGAAGGCCUCCCUUGCGAUGGUCUGGGAAAAGGGUUGCACGGGCCUCAGGCCAUCCUGCGGGCCUCGGCGAGCUCUGUGGAGGAAGGAAGCUCUGACUGCCGAUGCUGUGGCCAGCCCCGGCUUCCAGAGGCUCCCAGGGGCCAGGCCACUUGCCGGCAGCCAUGCCCAGCGCGCUCCUGGGUCCGCUGGGGUCCCAGGGCCUCACUGCUCAGCUCCCUCUCAGGGGCCUGGGCUCUGGCACCGAGUGCUGUCUGACCCGAGUGCUGUCUGAGGCUGUGCCCUCCUGAGCCUCAUCCUCUAAGAGACACACAGAAGGGGCCAGCCCGACAAGCAUCUCCUCGCUACCAAUGCACAGGGCACACGUGACCCCCUUCCACUUCUCUGGUGGGGGGCUCCCCGGAAGCCCCAUUGUUGGGGUGCUCUGCCCCUUGACUCAGCAGGAUAGCAGCCUGGGGUCAGGGCUGUGUCUGUCCGAGGGGAGUGGCAGCAGGCGGGGGCUGUCACCCACUGUGACGGGCAGCCUCCUGAGAGGGAGCCAGGUGCUGUCCCCUCACCGGGCCCACGAGAGCCCAGUAAGACUGCUGAAUGCAUGCACUUUCGCAUUAAUCCCCAGGACGGGGUCCCCCCACUCUGUGCUCAACACACCGACAGUCCCAUGGUGACGUUCUGCAGCUAGAACUGCUCGUUCAGGACGUCAGUGUUGCAGGUCCCUUCCCAGAAGAUGGGGGCCAGGCAAGGGGUGAGGGCAAGGACAUCGUUCCUCCGGGAACACAAGAGAACAGCAUGGCGAUGUGCGAGCUGGGAGGAGGGUGAGCGCACCAAGGGCCCUGGUGCUCACCACCCCCACCUGGAACCUCACCAUCCCCCGCCCCAUGCCUUCAGGGGCCCACCAGGUGCACCCUCCUUCCAGAAGGACUUCACACUUGCAAGAAACCCAGACUCAAACCUAUGCAAAUCCCUUCCAGCUCUAAGCAAACCUGGUCCCUGCCAGACCUCAGAGUGGGAGCAGGGAUUUCCCAGCAAAGCCAGGGGGCCCUCCCCCGGGAGGGAACAAGCCCCCCUCACACAUUCUUUGGUGGGCAAGGGAUAGAAAGCAGGAAAUGCAAGGCACAGAGAGAGAAAGGGACAGAGAAUAAUCUGUGGGCUCCAAAUCGAGAUCUCUGAAACAGGGAGAGGAAAAGAAUCUGGCAAUCGUGCACCCGCUGAGUUUUCAAUCAGCCCGCCCUUCCUUGCCUACCUUAAAUUUCCCUAAGUUUGAGAAAGGGAGGGGAAGAGAGGGAAGGGGAGGGGGGGAAAUUUCAGUGAAUGUAUUCCCGGGGGUGUUAGCACCUUGGCUGGGGAUAAAGCAUCCUGAAAAAUCACACAACGUGAUGUGAGUUUGCAGGGAGGUGGCUGUGCCUUUAUGAUCUUGGAGAGAUGGGGAUAGGAAGGCGGUAGGAGGGCAGGUGUUGGCCAGGCAGGAGGAUGCCCGACCGGACCCAUUCUGCCCACGCCCUCCAGAUUACGUGGGGGAAAGAGUCUGCCACACUUCUCUGCUGGGAAGUAGACCACGGCUCUUGGACCAAUGUCGUCCUUCUGUAUGCGUCCCACAGCGCGUCUGCCACCAGUCCCCGUGGGCCCUGACGUCCUACACUUCCUCAGGAAGUCUUCCACUUAUUCGCCCAACAUUUCCAAGCACCCGUGACAGGCCACGCACGUGCUAGCUGCCGGAGAGAGGCAAACUGGCAAAUUCAGUUUCAGAGAUCUGAUGCCAGGACAGGCUCGCACCAGCGCAGCCGCCCUUCACACGACCGCAGACCCGGGGAAAAGUGUCUGGAGAGAGUGCAAAACAACGGCAGAUCCGGAGGUUGCCGACGGAAGAAAGCGCGCCCAGCAAAUGCUGUCUCAAGAUGUCCUUUUAGGGCUCCCCACCGCCUCUGGCCGUUUGGUCGGAAAGACCACAAGACCACGGAUGAAAUCGGGAGGAGGCUGGCGGACAGCCGUGACGUUUCCGCGACCUGGGGCGUGACCCCACAGGGGUCCCCAGGAGCAGGUGCUGGGGAUUGCGGGGGAAGGCCUCCGACACCACCAGGACCACUGUCCCUGGUGGUCAUUGACUGGAUUGUGCUCCAGGAAUGGAGCCCACGGAGACCGAGCUCGAGGCUGAGAAGCCUGGGGCGGGGUGCCUGUGGGUGUGUGGGGACGGGUUGGGGCCGGCCCCACAGGGAGGAGCCCCGAGAGGCUGGUGUGGGGCCAGGAGCAAAGACUGUGUGCAGAGCACCCAGCGGGUGGACUGCAGUCGGGGAGACGUCCCGGGGAGGGCUCCUUCCUGGCUGCGGCUUCUCUGGGAGGCUCUGGGCUGGGCUCUGUCUUGCAAAUACCCACGGAGAGCAGGCACGGGGGUGAGCUUUCCUCCUCUCACAGAUGUUCCACGACCUAAGGAGCUAGAGCCGGCUCCAACUCCCUCAGCAGCUCUCCAGGGAGGGGUGGUGCCUGCAGAGACUUCAGCAGGAGCCCAGGAGCCGGCAGUUGACCCGGCACCUGCCCACGGAGAGCCUGACGCCGACCAGGAAGGGCCUGCUCGAGAACCUGUGCCCGGAGAGCCUGCCCCUGUUCCUGCCACUGUUCCUGCCGGAGCCAGGGCCCCUGUGCCUGCCCCGAACUGUGGCCCUGCUCCUUGCCCAGACCCCGCUCCUGCCCUGGAUCCUGACCCAUCCCUACCCCUGCCAGUGCCCCUGUCCCUGCCCCUGACCCAGAUACUGCCUUGGUUCCUGUAUGUGCCAUUGCUGCAGACCCUGUCCCUCCCCUUGCACCUGCCCCUACCCCUUCCCCUGCUUGUGCUCCUGUUCUGGCCCCUGACCCAAGUCCUGCCCCUUCCCCUGCCCAUGCCUGUGUCCCUGUUUUCGCCUCUGACCCAAAUCUUGCCCCCACUCAUGUCCCUGCCCCUGCCCGUGCCCCUGCAGCUGCCACUUCCCCAGCACCUGCCUGUGCACCUGUUCUUGCCCCUGCUCCGGAUCCUGACCCAGCCCCUGGCCUGGAUCCUGCCCCUUCCCCUGCCCCUGGCUCUAUUCCUGUUCUUGCCCCUGUCCCGGCUUCUGCCCCUGCACCUGCCCCUUCCCCGACGUGUGCAACUGUUCUUGCCCCUGACCCAGCUCCUGCCCUGGAUCCUGCCCCUUCCCCUGCCCCUGCCUGUAUUCCUGUUCUUGCCCCUGUCCCGGCUUCUGCCCCUGCAACUGUCCAUUGCCCUGCCCCUCCCUGUGCUCCGGUGCUUGCCUCUGACCCAGCUCCUUCCCCUUUCCCUACCCGUUUCCCUGCCCCUGCAUGUGCACCCAUUCCUGCCCAUGACCCGCCUCCUGCCCCUGCACCUGUCCGUUCCUCUACCUGUGUCCCUGUCCGUGCCCCUGCCAGAGCCAAUGCCCUUUCCCCUGCCUGGGUUCCUGCUCCUGCCCCUGCCCCUGCCAGAGCCGAUGCCCCUUCCCCUGCCUGGGUCCCUGUUCCUGCCCCUGCCCCUGCCACAGCCGAUGCCCCUUCCCCUGCUUUCCAGGGCCGCGGGCCCUUCCCUUGGCCCUGCCUGUGCUCCUGUACUUGCCCAUGACCCAGCUCCUACUGUGCAUCCGGCCCCUGUCCCUCCUCUUGCAUCUGGCCCUGCCCAUCCUCCUGUUCCUGCAGGGCUCCCAGAACCACAGCCAGAGCCCACAUCCUCGUGGGGAGAGCCCCUUGUACAAUUCCCCUUAUUUCCAUCACCCGACCCUGAUGCCCCGCCAGAUUGUUUCAUCCCCUCCCCCUGUGUUCUUUCUCUCUGGUACAUAUUAACUGUUAUAUUAUCUUUCCUUAUCCUCUACGCUGUUUAUUAUUUAUUUUAAAUAAAAUUAAUUGUUUUCUGUUG